CUAUGUUUCUGUCCUUUCAUGAUAUGUACUAAAUACUCUGGGAAAAUCACGUUGAAUUCUAUCUAGUACAAGAUGAUGUUUACAGACAACAAAAAACGAGGCAUUGCUGUGACAUCUAGAAGUGCCGAAAAUGUUGUUGGAACGCGUCAAAAAGAAUCGCUUGCAGCUAUGGGCAAACAUACUGAUCUGAAAACAACAAACGAUGCUGUCAAGGUUGCUUAUGUACCAAAGCACUUAAGAGAACAAAGGUUACAAGAAGAGAUUAAAAAGGCAGAGGAACUAGCAAAAACUAGAGAAGAACAAAUAAGAAAUCAACGAAAGGAAUUGAUGCGCCAACUAGAAUCAAACAAACGUGAUGGCCACCGUAUGGAUAGAAAAAAGAGGUCUUUGGAAAACACGACGGAGAAUAAUACAAAAGCUGCAGUAUUUGAACUGGAAAAUAGUGAUCUUGCAAAGAAAAAACUACUCACAUUGCCCAAUUCAGAAGUAAGGCCACGUAUGGUUGAAAAGGAACUGGAACAAAUAAGAGAACAUUAUUUAGGUAAUAAGCCAACAAAACAAAAAGUAAGAAAACUUACUGAAAAGUUUAGGAAUGUAUUUCAUUUCGAAUGGGAUAAUUCAGAUGAUACCUCACGGAAUGAUAACAAUCCAAUAUACCAAAAUCGACCAGAACCACAGUUGCUCUUUGGUAGAGGAUGUAGAGCUGGAAUGGAUCCAAAGGAACAACGGAAACAUGCAGACUUCUAUGAUAAGUUAUCGAAGUUAAGAACUGGCAGCGAUGCAGCAUUUUCUAGAGAUAGUCGAUCCAACGAGGACAGGACAGAACCGACAUCAGUGGAUGAUGAUGUAGAUACACAUUGGUCAGCGAAAACAAAGGAAAAUAUGACACAGCGUGAUUGGAGAAUAUUUAGAGAGGAUUUCGAUAUAUAUGUAAAAGGCACUCGGGUGCCACCACCCAUGAGGACCUGGGCGGAAUCAAAUCUACCUUCAGAACUGCUACGAGCUAUAAAGGAUGCCGGUUUUAAAUCUCCAACUCCAAUUCAGAUGCAGGCCAUACCCAUAGGACUAGGAAUGAGAGAUUUGAUAGGUCUAGCUGAAACGGGUUCUGGUAAAACUGUAGCAUUCGUUUUACCAAUGUUGACAUAUGUUAAAGCACUACCACCACUCAACGAGGAUACGUUACAAGAUGGACCAUACGCAUUGACACUAGCGCCUACACGUGAAUUAGCCACUCAGAUUCACGCUGAAACCGUUAAAUUUUCUGCUUUCUGCAGCUGUAGGACGGUUUUAGUUGUUGGUGGACAUAGCGUAGAUCAGCAAGGAUUUGAACUAAGGAACGGUGCUGAAAUUGUGAUAGGUACUCCUGGACGUAUAAAAGAUUGUCUAGAUAGGUCAUACACCGUCCUUACACAAUGCAACUAUGUCAUCCUUGAUGAAGCUGAUCGCAUGAUAGAUAUGGGUUUCGAAGAAAUUGUAAACGACAUCCUGGAUUGCAUACCAACGUCGAAUCUAAAGGAUUUAGAUGAAAAUCUCGCAUUGCAGCAGGAACUGAGCACCAAAGCGGGGUAUCGUAAAUAUCGCAUCACACAAAUGUUCUCCGCUACCAUGCCUGCAGCCGUAGAGAAACUAACGAAGAAGUACCUUCGUUCACCCGUAAUUGUGUCUAUCGGUGAUGUUGGAAGUGGAAAGAAAUCUAUCACCCAACGAUUCGAGUUCAUCACAGAACAUCGAAAGAAACAGAAACUGCAGGACCUACUACAUACUCUCGAAGGACAAAUCAUAGUCUUUGUAAACAUGAAAAAGGUUGCUGACGUCGUCGCAAGACAUAUAUCAAAUAUGAACCUAAGAGCAAUAUCGCUUCACGGAGGAAAAACACAGGACAUCCGUGAAGGAGCUCUUGAAAGCUUCAAAGCAGGCGAUUUCGAUAUUCUAGUCGCCACUGACGUUGUUGGACGUGGUCUAGAUGUCAAGGGAGUUACAGCAGUUAUUAACUUCGACAUGCCCAAAGACAUUGAAACAUACACCCAUCGAAUAGGACGUACGGGAAGGGCAGGAGCUAAAGGAAUGGCCAUUUCGUUCGUCACAGAAGAUGAUUCACAUUUGUUCUACGAUCUGAAGCAGCAAUUGAUCAGCACGGGAAACGACAUACCUCCUGAACUAGAAAAGCAUCCAGCUACCAACACCAAACCAGCUACUGCAACAAAAAAACAGGAUUAAACAAUGUGUCGUUGAAGUUGUUAGUAUAUCAUAGGAUAUUGGGACACGCACAUAUUACGCUGUUAGUUGCAAUGAUAACC